AUGGAUAUCUCCAAUAACCAACUGAGCGGAAACAUUCCUGAAUGGGUUGGAAGUAUGAGAAAUUUAACAUACCUUUUUCUUGGAAAUAACCAGUUUGAUGGACUUAUUCCACAGAGUCUUAGACAACUAACCAACUUGGUUGUUUUGGAUCUUGGUUCCAAUAAUUUGCAUGGUAGUUUCUCUGAAUCUCAUUUUGGAAAUCUAUCACAAUUGAUAACCCUAAUACUUUCAGAUAAUCAAUUGAAUUUUAGCAUGAUUAGUCCUAAUUGGACUCCACCAUUUCAAAUUCAAUAUCUUUACCUAAGUUCUUGUCUCGUUGGUCCUCAAUUCCCACGAUGGCUUCAAAAUCAAAAGCACCUUUCCGAUUUAGACCUCUCAAAUUGUGGUAUAUCUGAUAUCAUUCCGAGUUGGUUUUGGAAUAUAUCAUCUCAAAUAAAUUACUUGAACAUGUCUCAAAAUGCAAUUAGAGGUGAAAUUCCAAUGUCAUUGAAUAUUGCAAUUGUGGAAACUAUCGACUUAAGAUCAAAUCAAUUGGAAGGGCGCCUUCCUCGGCUAGUGAAUUUAGUACGUUUUGUAUCAUUUUCGAACAAUAAGUUCUCAAGCGGAAUUGAGUUAUAUCUAAAUGGGAACAUGAGUUGGUUGGUAGUGCUUGACCUUUCUCAAAAUCAUCUCUCAGGUGAAAUCCCUAAAUCAAUAUGCCAAACGCCUUCAAUAGUUCUUCUUGACUUAUCGCAUAACAAUCUCUUGGGAGAAAUUCCAAAAUGCAAUGGUAAUGUUUCAAGCUAUAAGACGUUACAGUUUAUCAGCAUGGCAUAUAACAACUUGAGGGGUUCAAUUCCACAAUGGAUAGGGAAGCUAUCAUUGUUAUUAUCAUUGAACCUCAACAACAAUGUUUUCCACGGGGAGAUACCAUUUCUCAAAAAUUGCAACAAGCUUAUUACCCUUGACUUGGGAGAAAAUAAUCUUACAGGAAGCAUACCAUUAUGGAUUGGAGAAAAUUUAUUAUCCCUAAAGAUCUUACGCUUACACUCAAAUAAAUUACAUGGAUCAAUUCCCUGGGAGCUAUCCAAACUAAAAGAUCUACAAAUCUUGGAUCUUGCAAAAAAUUUUCUUUCAGGCUCAAUCCCAAAAUCUUUUAAAUUUCUCAAUUCAAUGACUAUACAAAAUAAGAGACUUGAACCUCUAAUUCCUCAAGAUGAUCAAAUAAUUCUAUAUAUGGGGCAAUACCUUUCGACUUCCAUGAAUUUUAUACCCGAUUCAAUAAUGAUCAGUAUAAAAGGAAUAGUUCGUGAAUUCAAAGGUAUACUAUCUCUUGUGAACAUUAUAGAUCUUUCUUAUAAUAAUCUCACUGGUGAAAUUCCCAUUGAAUUAAUGAGCCUUGUUGGAUUAAUGAGCUUGGAUUUAUCGAGAAACCAAUUCACAGGACAAAUACCAAACAAAAUUGGUUUAAUGCAAAGCUUAGAAACUUUGGAUCUCUCAAGGAACCAUUUCUUGGGAGAUAUUCCAGAGAGCAUUGUGAUGAUCAGUGCAUUGAGUUAUCUCAACUUAUCCUACAAUCAAUUGUCUGGUAGAAUCCCGACGGGGACGCAACUUGACACUUUUGAAGAAUCAAGUUACUACGGAAAUUCAAAUCUCUGUGGAAAACCACUAAAUAAGACUUGCGAAGGUGAUGAACUUAAAGUACAUGAUGAAGGAGGCGAUUCCCAGGAUGAUGAUGAUUUUGGUUUGUUCCUCAGUAUGGGCCUUGGUUUUGUUGUUGGGCUAUGGAGUGUAUUGGGGACCUUAUUGCUCAAGAAAUCAUGGGCAAUCGCUUACUUUCAGUG